AUGUCAGUUAAAGAAGAUAUUCCUGCUAUUUUCCUUGAAAAGAUUUCCCCUCGUGGUCUUGAUGCUAUCCAGAAAACCAAAGAUUUCGUAAACGAUUAUUGUCUUCCAGCAGAUCAGAUCUAUUUUGAGCAGCUCUCUGACAUCCCUUCAGAAAGAUGGAAAAGUGUUCCUCCUGUCAUUGAGACAUUGAAGAAGAAAGCCAAGGAACUUGGUUUAUGGAACAUGUUUUUGUCAAAGCAUUAUAAAGAAGGUCCACAAUACACAAACUUAGAGUAUGGGUUGAUGGCCAGAUACUUGGGUCGUUCAUACACUGCGCCAGAGGCUACCAAUACUGCUGCUCCAGAUACCGGUAAUAUGGAAUUGUUUGCCAAAUAUGGUACCACUUAUCAGAAAGAUAGAUACUUGAAACCCUUGUUAAAUGGGGAAAUCAGAUCGGCAUUCUUGAUGACCGAAAAGGGUGUUUCAUCAUCCAAUGCUCUCAAUAUUUCUACAAGCGCUAUCAAGAACUCUAAUGGUAAUUACGUGCUCAAUGGUGUCAAAUGGUUUGCUUCAGGGGCAGGAGAUCCAAGAUGCUCUGUAUGGUUGGUAAUGUGCAAGACCGACAACAAUAAGCAAAACCCUUAUCAGAACCACACUGUUUUGAUUAUCGAUGCAAAAAAGGCUUUGGCUACCGGAAAAGCCAAAUUGAUCAGACCAUUGCAAGUCAUUGGUUUUGAUGAUGCUCCCCAUGGACAUUGUGAAAUCCAAUUCAAAGACUACGAAGUUCCUGCUGAUGAAAUGCCUAAUGUUGUAAUGGCAGGUGUUGGUAGAGGAUUUGAGUUGAUUCAAUCCAGAUUGGGUCCAGGUAGAAUCCACCAUUGUAUGAGAGCUAUUGGUUCUGGUGAAUUUGCUUUAUUAAGAAUUGCUCAUAGAGCAAAUCACAGAUUAAUUUUUGGUAAGCCCAUGAACCAAAGAGAGGGGUUCUUAUCCAGAUACGGACAAAGCAAAAUAGAUAUUGAAAGAUGUUUGUUAUUGGUGUUGAAUGCCGCUCACAAAAUCGAUAUUUCCAAUGCCAAAGAGGCACAAAGGGAAAUUGCUAUGGCCAAGAUUGAAACCCCAAGAACUAUUUCUGAUAUUCUCGAUUGGGGUAUUCAAGUUUAUGGAGCUGAAGGUAUGUCUCAAGACACUGAGUUGGCCAGAAUGUAUGCCCAUAACAGAACAUUGAGAAUAGCUGAUGGACCUGAUGAAGCUCAUUUGGCUCAAUUGGCUAGAAACGAAGCUAAGAAGUUUCCAAAAGUUGACGCCUUCUUUACCAACAUGGAAACACAACGUAGCAAAUUAUAA